UGUGUUUGACUUAAUCGAAAGAGAAACUUUCUAUGAUUAUCUUGCUACACGGAAUUCUAGAUUCUACCUGAAACCGUGGUCAUAAAAUAAAAAAAAAACAAAACUAGCCUACGAUGACUAUACCAUUGCCUGGAUUUGCGCGUUACCGCUGGAGAUGGCGGCUGCCAAGGCGAUGCUUCAGGAGACCCAUGAAUCCCUUCCCCAACCACAAGCGGAUCAGAACUCCUAUUCUCUUGGGGAAAUGAGCGGCCAUAACAUUGUUCUUGUCUGUCUACCCUCUGGAGUAUAUGGAACAACAUCUGCAGCCACGGUUCUCUCCCAAAUGCUGUCAACAUUUCCGUCCGUAAAAGUUGGCUUGAUGGUGGGGAUUGGUGGGGGCGUACCCAGCAGCAGUGUUGAUAUUCGCCUUGGGGAUGUGGUGGUUAGCAUGCCAUCUGGCUCCUCAGGUGGUGUGAUACAGGAUGAUUAUGGCAAGACACUGCCUGAUGGAUUCUUUCAGCAUACCGGCUCACUCAACACCCCCCCUCAAGUACUGUUGAGUGCUGUGUCUCAGAUGCGCUGCAAUCAUAUGAUUAAAGGGCCUGAAAUUCAUGCCACUAUUAUGAAAACUCUAGAUAGUAAUCAGUAUAUGGAAGAACAGUUCUCGCCGCCUAAGAGAGACUGGCUAUUCAAUGCAACAUAUCAACAUCCAAAGAACAGUCUCGAUUGCUCGCAAUGCGACCAGAUCCAGGUGGUGAAACGUAUACCACGAAAGUCUCACGAGCCUCAAAUUCAUUAUGUCGCUCCAGAUAGCCGCCUAAUGCUCCGCCAAUGAAACCAUCGGACUGUGGGAUGUCAAAGCAGAAGUGCUGGACAAGGUUCUGUACCCAAUUGGGACUUUUCUAGCCUCAGGUUCUCCACCCGAACCUCGUACCUAUAUACUGAGAGCGGUUUAUUUGGAGUUCAGCCCUUUGGCAGUGAACGAUACCCAAUACCAAAUGAGCCCAAGCACCAUAUAUCCUUAGUAGGAGACUGGGUGACCAUUGAAGGCGUAAGGUUACUAUACUUGCCACCAGCAUACCACUCCCCAGAUUGCUUAGACAUCAAGGAUGUGGUCCCUUCUCUUAGGUAUAGUGACGGGCGGUUUUAUAUGAUGAAAUCGCGUAUAAUGCAUUCCCG